AUGAUCACAGAGGAUGACGUCUACCUGCCAAGUGAAAUACUGCUGCAGGAGUACAUCAUGAUGGACUAUGGCUUUGUGUACAAGGGUCAUGAAAGAUUCAUCACCUCCUGGCCCUGGAACUAUGGGCAGUUUGAAGAGGACAUCAUAGAUAUCUGCUUUGAGAUCCUGAACAGGAGCCUGUACUUCUUAGAGAACCCGGCCAAAGACUACUCCCAGAGGAACAACGUGGUGUAUGUCUGCAGGGUGGUGAGCGCCAUGAUCAACAGCAAUGAUGACAAUGGUGUGCUGCAGGGGAAUUGGAGCGAGGACUACUCCACGGGGGUCAGCCCACUGGAGUGGAACGGCAGCGUGGCCAUCCUACGGCAGUGGUCAGCCAGGGGCGGGCAGCCUGUGAAGUACGGACAGUGCUGGGUCUUUGCAGCUGUUAUGUGUACUGUAAUGAGAUGCUUAGGUGUUCCAACCCGUGUUGUUUCUAAUUUCCGUUCUGCACACAACGUGGAUGGAAACUUGACCAUCGACACCUACUAUGACCGAAAUGCAGAGAUGCUAUCAGCUAAGAAACAAGACAAAAUAUGGAAUUUCCAUGUCUGGAAUGAGUGCUGGAUGAUCCGGAAAGAUCUCCCGCCAGGGUACAAUGGGUGGCAGGUCCUGGAUCCCACCCCCCAGCAAACCAGCAGCGGCCUGUUCUGCUGUGGCCCAGCCUCUGUGAAGGCCAUCAGGGAAGGAGAGGUCCACCUGGCCUAUGACACCCCAUUUGUGUAUGCCGAGGUGAACGCCGAUGAAGUCAUUUGGCUGUUUGGGGAUGGCCAGGCCCAGGAAAUCUUAGCCCAUAAUGGCAGUUCCAUCGGGAAGGAAAUCAGCACCAAGAUGGCAGGGUCAGACCAGCGCCAGAAUAUCACCAGCUUCUACAAGUAUCCAGAAGGGUCCCCUGAGGAGCGGUCUGUGUUCAUAAAGGCUUCCCGGAAAAUGCUGAGAUCAGGGAGGACCUUUUCACCCUUCCUGGAUCUGCUGGGGUCUGGGGGCUUUCGGAAUCAACCAGUGUGGCUGCAGCUUCACCUGGCCGGGACACCUGAGUGGGGCCAGGACCUGCUGCUGAAGCUGCGUGCCGGCAGGGUGCCAGACAGCGCCCACCCCCGGGGGCCCAUCAGACUGGAGGUGCGCUUCUGUGCGCAGGCCCUGCUGCACAACGGUGGCACCCGGGAGCCCCUCUGGAGGCAAACAGUGCACUUAAACCUGGACUUUGGGGAGGAGAUACAGUGGCCACUUUUGCUACCCUACAACAAUUACAGAAACAAGCUGACGGAUGAGAAGCUGAUCCGUGUGUCUGGCAUUGCCAAGGUGGAGGGGAUGAGGAGGUUCAUACUGGUCCUGAAAGACAUCUCUCUGGAGCUUCCCCACUUAUCUAUUGAGGUGCCUGAAAGAGCUGAGGUGGGCAAGGCACUGAGAGUCCACGUCACCCUCACUAACACCCGGACGGUGGCUCUGAGUCACUGCAAGAUGGUGCUAGAGGGAAGUGGCCUCAUUCAUGGGCAGAUAUCCAAUGACCUUGGGACUCUGGUGGCUGGACACACUAUCCAAAUUCACUUGGACCUCUACCCCUUCAAAGCUGGGCUACGCCAGCUGCAAGUCCGCGUCAGCAGCAGUGAAGUCAAGGACAUCAAGGGCUAUAGGGACAUCUACGUAGCUGCAGCCAGGGCUUCUUGA